CUGAGCCGAGUGCUACUUUUUGACACUUUAGUUUUUGGUGGUACUGUCGAGAGGUGAAUAUGUGAGAAUUAUCAUUGUUUGUUGGUAAUUGGGCAGGUGUUUAUCGUGCACAAUGUACUAAUAUGUUAGUCGUUAUUGAUUUCGUGAAUAUUUGUGGUCUAAACGGUUUGUUUAAGUGUACAUUCGGGGAGAUAGGUGUCUCAGACAGAUUUGUGCGCGGAGAGGAAGAUGACGGUUUUGAUGUACAAUAGUGAUAUUAUUUCCGCAUAAUUGUGCAUAUUAUUCAAUAUGACUUCUAACACGAGAUCAGCUAAAGUGAGCCUCAAGCCCAUCGAGGUGCCGAAGGCUUUGCAGGACGGCGAAAAAUUUAUCAAAUGGGAUGAGGAUUCAGGGACUGGACUCCCAGUCACCCUACGGGUGGACUCCAAGGGGUUCUUCAUGUUCUGGACUGAUCAGAACAUGGAGGUGGAAAUGCUGGACAUCGCCACCAUAAGGGAUGUGAGAACUGGAGCCCACGCAAAAGUACCAAAGGAUCCGAAGAUACGCAAUGUGGUGCUGAUAGGGUCGCAGGGCUCGCUCGAGGAGAAGACCGUCACGGUGUGCUACGGCGCGGACUUCGUCAACGUGAUGUUCAUAAACUUCUGCUGCACGAGGAAGGAAAUCGCUCAGAUGUGGACCGAGGAGCUGUUCGCUUUGACGUACAAUCUGAACCAGCUCAACAAUCCCACCAUCAAGUUCCUGGAAAAGUUGCACACCAAGAUCACACUCAAGGCGGACAAGUCUGGCAAAAUACUUGUUAAGAAUAUCGUGAGGCUGUUUGCACAGAACAAAGAGGAUAAAAAGCGAGUGGAGAAAGCGCUCAGCGAGUCUGGCCUGCCGACCGGCAAGAACGACACCAUAAGCCAGUCCAAAUUCCAGUUUGAGGACUUUUUUGCCUUCUACAAGAGUCUCACGCAACGCGGAGAAGUGCAGAAGAUAUUUAAUAAUUUAACCGACGGCAAACCGCACCUAUCGGCCAACCAGUUGGUGGACUUCCUGAACGAGGUGCAACGGGACCCGAGGCUGAACGAGAUCCUGCACCCGUACGCCGAUCUGCAGAGGGCCAAGGACCUGAUCAAGGCGUACGAGCACAACAAAUAUCAUCAGCAAAGAUCGCAGCUUACAUUCGAUGGAUUUUUAAGAUUCCUAAUGUCCGAAGACAACCCGAUCGUGGCGGCCAACAAGUUGGACCUGUGCGACGACAUGGACCAACCGUUGGCCCACUACUUCAUCAACAGCUCGCACAACACGUACCUCACCGGGCACCAGAUCACGGGCAAGUCCAGCGUCGAGAUUUACAGGCAGAGUCUGCUGGCUGGCUGUAGGUGCGUAGAACUGGACUUCUGGAACGGUCGCACUGAAGAGCCGGUGAUAGUGCACGGCUACACAUUCGUGCCGGAGAUCAGCGCCAAGGAGGUACUGGAGGCGAUAGCGGAGAGCGCGUUCAAGACCUCCGACUAUCCAGUGGUGCUCAGCUUCGAGAACCACUGCAACCCGCGCCAGCAGGCCAAGAUCGCUAACUACUGCAGGGAUAUAUUCGGAGAUAUGCUGCUGGACAAGCCGCUGGACUCGCAUCAGCUUGAACCGGGAGGGGAGUUGCCGCCUCCUUCGCUAUUACGUAAUAAGAUAAUAAUAAAGAAUAAGAAGAAACAUCACCAUCAUCACAAGAAAGAAGAUUCUGUAGCGUCAGAAGAGAGCGAGCCAAGAGCGGAACAACCGGCGCCGCAGGGCAACGGUGAAGUGUCGCAUGGAACGCUAGCGAGACAGGGCUCCAAGGAGUCGUCGGAGUCGUCGGACUCGGAGAGCUCGUCGGGCGAGGAGGAGGCGGGCGGCGCGGAGGCGGGCGCGGGCGAGGACGCGCGCGAGACGCACGCCGGCGCCGAGAUCUCCGCGCUCGUCAACUACGUGCAGCCCGUGCACUUCAGCUCCUUCGAGAGCGCCGAGAAAAAGAACCGUUUCUACGAGAUGUCUUCGUUCGACGAGAAGCAAGCGACGACCCUGCUGAAGGAGCGGCCCAUAGAGUUCGUGAACUACAACAAGCACCAACUGUCGCGCGUGUACCCCGCCGGCACCAGGUUCGACUCCUCCAAUUUCAUGCCACAGGUGUUCUGGAACGCGGGAUGUCAACUAGUGGCCCUAAACUACCAGACCCUGGAUCUUGCUAUGCAGCUGAACCUCGGUACCUUCGAGUAUAACAGGCGGUGUGGGUACCUACUCAAGCCCGAGUUCAUGAGGAGAAAGGACCGGCGCCUGGACCCGUUCGCGGAGAGCACGGUGGACGGCAUCAUCGCGGGCUCGCUGUCGGUCACGGUGCUGUCGGGGCAGCUGCUGACGGACAAGCGCUGCGGCACGUACGUGGAGGUGGACAUGUUCGGGCUGCCCGCCGACACCGUGCGCAAGAAGUUCCGCACCCGCGUCGUGCCCAACAACGGCAUCAACCCCGUCUACGGAGAGGAGCCGUUCAUAUUCAAAAAGGUGGUGUUGCCGGAGCUGGCCAUGAUCCGCAUCGCGGCGCACGAGGAGAGCGGCCGCCUCGUGGGCCACCGCGUGCUGCCCGUCGUGGGGCUCUGUCCCGGCUACCGGCACGUCAACCUGCGCACCGACCUCGGCCUGCCGCUGCCCGCCAGCCUGCUGCUGCUCGUCGUCGUCAAGGACUACGUGCCGGACCGGCUGUCGGAGCUGGCGGAGGCGCUGGCCAACCCCAUCAAGUACCAGAGCGAGCUGGACAAGCGCGAGCACCAGCUGGCCGUGCUCACCGAGGACACCGUGCCGCCCGACGAGCCGCGCCGCGCCGCGCCCGCGCACGCGCCCGCGCCCAUAAAACAUGAAAAUAUGAACGAUGGCAGCCCUAGUAAAUUAGCAAUAGAAGAAUCUAAGAAAAUAAUUGAAAGUGAGAUCAUAUCGUCUACUACCUCAAACGCUGUGACGGGAGAUAAAAACUCACAAGAUCAGGGUGAUAAAAAAACCAACGGCACAGACGAGUCCUUAGCAGAGACGUUGGAAACGUUAUUAUCGUCUAAAGUAGUGAAAGAGAAGGAAGCAGAGUUGGCUCGUAAGUUAGACGCUCUGAGGCGCAAGUGUGAUAAAGAGAAGAAACCAGCUUCUUCUAAGUUCUACGUUAGCAAUAAACUCGUGAAGAAGCUGUCCUCCAAAAACAUCGUGGGCGCCGGGGGCGCGGGCGAGGGCGCGGAGGAGGGCGCGGGGGGUGCGGGCGGCGCGGGCGGCGCGGCGGCGCUGGAGCGCGAGCUGCGCCUGCGCUACCACCACGCCACCUACGCCGCGCUCGAGAAGGCCGUGCGCACCGACCACCACCACCAGAUGAAGGCGCUCGCCGAUUUGUUGGAAGGAGAGAAGAAGGAGAUAUUGAACAGACUAGCGAACUCGCGUAAAGAAGACGUCAAAGCCCUCGCAAAGAAGACCAACCGGGAUAAAGAUGAAAUUCUUAGAAUUAAGCGGGAGAUACAUUCUCAGUCUGUGGAGCGCGGCGUGGCGGAGUGCUGCCGGCUCGAGCAGGCCUACGCGCGCCGCCGCGAGCAGCUCGCCAGGCACCACGACAAGCUGCUGCAGCUGCUGCUCAAGCACCGCGACCAGGAGCUCGUGAAGCUGGAGCGGUUGUGCGGCGGCGCGCCCGAGGGCUAGUGUGGCGACGCCGACGCCCGCCGAUGUGUGCCGAUGUCCGCGACGUCCCUCUCUCGCCGGUAGGGCGUAGGUACGUGUGUCUCCGCGUCGAUCAGUGUUAAUUUUGUUUUAGGAAUCUGUGAUAUUAUCGCCUAAGGAGCAAACGGUGGGAGCGGCCGGCUCGUGUCCUUGUCGACUGUUCGGUUUGCAAUCUCUUAGUUUUAGUUGUUUUCGGGUGUCGCGCGAGGCUGCGCGUGUCGGGUACUCGGGGGUGUUCGCGUGCGGUCCGAUGUCGAUGUCUCUGUGAACGAGCAUCCGUUCGGUCGAUGUCGGUUGCCUGUUUUGUUUAACACUAGCGCUGCCCUGUGUGAUUAUCAGUGUGUGUAUUGAGGUGUCCUCGGCUCGUGUAUGCCGUAACCGCAAGACGUGUCUCGCGUAAUAUAACUGCAUUUAAUUAGUCCAUAGAAGUCUGCAUGAUACCUAAAGCUUCGACGACAUGCUAGUCACCGCACAUGUAUUUAGAUAGAGGAUUUGGGAAUGAGCAUGAAUGUAUGAUAACUAUGAGCCUUAUUCGUGAUGUUUUUAAUGUAAAACUCGAAGUGAAUGAGAGGAGUUUGCGUAGUUCCACGGUCGAUGUGCAUACAACGCUAAGUCUAUACAUAUCUGAAGCACAAGCCGUACAAUGAAUGGUGAUUGUAUCGCAUACCUAAUUAUUUCUACGAUGGUUCUUCCUUUACACUUACACUAUACAUGUUGGUAGUUUGUAGCGUGUAUUAUUCCAAAACGUAACGUUUAAAUUAUGAAAUUGAUUCUUAUGACGGUUAUUCCAAUGUUUUCUGGUUAGUGAACGCUUUCUACUCAGUCAGAGUUUUAUAAUUUAUUCGAAUGUUAUAUUUAUUCAAAUCGACAAUUUUUGUCCGUUUUACUGAAAAAAAAAAAACUUAUUUGUAAAAGAUUUUUUAAAACUCUAUCUGCAUUUGUUACAAACUAGGUACUUCAUAAAUGUAACUAUUAUACAAUACUUAAAAAACACAAAAUAAAUAACAUAUGUGUGCGUGUAUUUAUAUAUGUGUAGUUAAUGGAAUCUGUGUAAACGUAUAUAUGCUGGGUUUUAUUGCGUCAUUAACGUACUAACAGGUUUCAGUAACCGUAGGUUGUAGGUUAACAUUCCAUAUUGGUUCGCUUAGUCAUUGAGUAUUAAGAAUUUCGUUAGGGACAGGGGAAGACCUGUGCAGUUCGAUAUUUUACGACAUUAGUAAUCGGUUUUGCAGAUGUGGGUCAUAAUCAACAAGCGAUAUUUAUCGAUAAAAAUCGACCGUUUUACUGUUUACAAAUUGCUUUUAAUACUGAGCAACUCUAUAAUAAGAAUUCAGAAAUUCAGUGGCAUUUAUAAAGUUUUUAAGUAAUUUUUAUCGAUAUUUGCCAUUUUAAUCGAUUUUAUUGUAAUUUUAUCGAUUUGUAUAUACAGUGUUGUGCCCACGAUCUGUACGUGUAUGAAACUUAAAGACAUUGAGAUUAGACUACAGUAUCAAGAAUAGACAGUAGUUAUUAACAUAGUAUUAUGAACAUAGUUGCUCACUAUAUGACGGUUCCGAAUCGGCAAUAGAUUACGUUUGUCAGUUCGACGAAGAACAUACAAGUCCAAACAAUAGCAAUAAUUUGCAAUAAUAGGGUGUUCUUUUAAUCGAAUAGGCUUCCAUUACAACUGUCCUUUAUAUUUGUAAAGUUAUGGCAUGGAUCUCGUAUAAAUAUAUGUCUUUCGAUAAUCUUCUAUAGAACUAUUUACGCCUGUUUGUCUUUAUAAUAGGAACGUUUUAAGCAAACCUCUAAAGCUGCUUGUGUUAGGAAUGUAUUAUAUAAAGGAAAUAUAUUCCAAGGAAUGUAAGAUCUAAAUAUCGAUACUAACUACUAGAAUAUUUUCCAAACAAAGACUAAUAUAGCUUAGGCUCUACCAUUUCUAACGUCCUCCUCGAUUCUUCCCGAGCUUCCGUCUCGUAAUGUAGGUGAUUGCUACGGGUUACUUUCUUCGAUGGCUUUAAAUUGCUGUAUAUAGGGUGUUUCAUAAAUGGUGCUUCUUGGAUGUUUACGCUCAAAGUACUUAACCAAUACUGAAUUAGCACGCCAGGCGUGGUUGUGUAUUAAUUGUCACAAUUAUUUUCUAUUUAAAUUUAUGAAAAAAAAAAUAUACAGUUCGGAAAUGUCUUUUUUGGUUAAAGUUAUCGACUAGUCUUUAUAUUUAUUCGAGCUUAUCUUUGUUUUUCGUAGGGUUUUUUUUUCGUCAAGGUGUGUAUUUCAGAGAAUUUAUUUUAACGCACAAUCGUAUAUGUUUAGAACGAGUUUUACUAGACAUACUAUUUAAAAUAACGGCGUUAUAUGAAAGCAAUAACAACCGUCUAAAUUGUAUAUGAAACGAUUUUUCUUAUAAAAGCUGUGUACCUCGACAAUUCACUACAUUUUGAUAGUUGUAAGAAUCACAUUCGUAUUGAAUAAUUUUCAGUUUAAUUAUUUGGUUUGAAAUGACUUACUUAACUAAGUAGGUAAGCAUUGUGCCCCAAAUGUAGCUUAUCGAUAAUUAGUUUGACAGCAAAUUAUGUCGAUUAUAACAUAUGGAUAUAAUUUUCUGUCAAAUAACUUAUGGAGUAAAUUUAACAAGUUUUAAAUAAUUGCACUGAAAUAUUGUUUCAUUGUAUUAUAAUUAUAGCAUUUAGUAAUUAAAAGUAGUCCUGAUUGCAAUUUUAAAGUUCGAUAAAAUUCGUUCAAUGCCAACUCGCGUCGUGAAAAUUAAAAAUACUUAUGACUUGGUUGUUGCUUACAAGCUUUAACUUUGCGCCGUACUGAGCUUAGACGUAUAAUAUCUCGUCAUAUACACGCCCUUCCGAGUGUAACAUAUGACUACUAUUCCGCGCAAGUUUACUGAAUUAUCAUAGACAAUAAAUAAUUUUGCUCUAUUGCAGUUUUUAGGGUUGGCUAUCAAAAAAUUUUUUUUUGGUAGGGAACUAAAAAAAAUUUAGACAAUUUAGCAAUUUCAAAAUGAUGUUUUCAAUACACUUAAAGGCAUAUGUUACACCCGUCGACAUACUAAAUAGGUGAUUAAUUUUUCGAGUGUUUUGUUAUGAGCUGUUUCAGGCCAAUAGUAAUAAUAUAGAAUUUUAAGGAGUCUUCGUAUUUAUGCCUAUUUUGUGCAUGUUAAAUGUAGAUCUGAUACUAACUUUGUGUUAUAUAGUUAUGUGUGUGUGUUGUAACACCCUCGAAAUGGUUUUGCUCGUUUUCAAGUCUGCCGCUAUAUCUCAUACAAAUUGCUUGCAUUUUUACUAUUAUAUAUUUUAAUAAUAUAAGUUAUAUAUUUUUUAUUAUAAUGUAUCCUAAGUAUAAGUUUGAAGUACUGUCCCCGAACUUGCCUUGUCAUGCGUUCGUCAAAGAUCGAAUAUCUUUCAUAGUCGAUCGGUGAUAAUAAGUUACGAUAUUUCCAAUCGUCUAUAUUCUUGUAAAUAUUAUUGUUGUAUUAUAAAAGUGCCAUGAAUAAUUUUUGUCCCGCAUUUGUUAAUCUUUAUCGUAAUCAUUGUUAAAAUUAGCUAUUUUUAUCACAUUUGACACGUGUUGUUACUAUGUAUUAAAUUUAUCAUGUGAUACUCAGUUCUCAUACUGUUUACAUUUUACUAAAUUCGGAUAGGUCAACGGGUAGUGUAUACACUGCUUAUAUAUUAAUAUGUAAUGACAACACGUGUCAAUGCUCACGAAUAAAAAUGAAAACAGGGAAACUCUUACUAUCCUCUCGACUAUAUUUAUCGAUCUAUCUACAUACUACUUAUAUGUAAUGGACACACAUAGGUAAUCGAAUGCGAGUUUAUGACUAGUAAUAACAUAGCGUAAGGUAGGUCUCAUCAAAGCUGUCUGGUCUAUACUGCUUCAACAUAAAGAUAUUAUUCGUAUAUCGAUUAUUCGUCGACAUCGUGAAUAUGAAAUAUGUUUGACAAAACCUACUCACACAAUUUAAAAUAUCGAUAUGUAAUUUAAUUUGGAAUCCAAAAUUCUUGACAUAGAUUUUAAAUUGUUUCGUUGUCUAUUCCAGUAAAUUUAUAAUGCCCCUUUCUAAAUUAUUUUGAAAUUGUCUUGGUAGAUAUUUUGCAUUUUAUGAAGUAAUAAUAUUGCCUUAUUUUAAAACCUAUAGUGUAAGUUUUUUGUUAAUAAUUUAAAGUACUAGACAACUACAGAAUCAUGAUAAAUUAAAGAGUUUUUGUCUUUCCCUCCUUAAAUCCGCCAAGUUGAAGUGUUGUAUUUUUUAUUAUCGAUAUUGUCGAUAAUCGAUACUCCCUUGUCGAAGCAGAAUUUGACUUUAGAUUUUAGAUGUAAUCGGUAUAGCAUUUAGAUAUACGAAUAUUUACGUAAUAACUUGACUUAUCUUGCCUUGGGUAAAACACUGUAAUUAGAUAAGUCUUGGGUGUGUGUGUAUUAGAAAACCACAGCAUCUUCACUGUUUAUUUCACAAUAGGGAAUGGCCUAAGCUUUUGGUGAUUACUUUUCAAAAUGUUAUUGAUCCCCAUUGAGCAUGAAUGCCCCAAUAUAAUAUAAUUGUUUAAAUUUCUAAGAAAUUUUAAAAAUUCACAUGUUGAAAGAUUUUUUCCAUCCUUUUUUUACCAAUUUCAAUACAUCAUGCAUUAUUUCAAUAUCCCAUAAUAUGUUGUGUCCCUUUUUUGCAACGUUUUUAACACUUACAUAGGUAUUAUAUAUAUGUAUAUUUUAAUAUAUAGCAUCAUUUAACCCAUAUAAUAUUGCUGUGGUCUCCAUGUUUAGCUAUUAAGAUUCGUAAAGGAAUUUCGUGCGACUCUGCCAAUUAAGGGUUAAUAUAAGGGUUAGUUUAAUCGUAGUAAAUUCCAACUGCAGCUUCGAAAAAUUUCACGUGGGUUUCCAAAGGGUUAUAGACAGUUCUCGAGAAUAAGAAUUUAGUUGCAAAAAUUUUUGAACGCAUUGCCAUUUUAAGUUUCAUUUAGACGGGUUCAAUAUUCAUAGCAAUAAUGUUGCCCCGUCUGACACGCGCAAUGGCGACGCAAUUCUUGCCCGUAACUACACUACGUGCUACUAUACGUGCCGCUUGCGUAAUAUAGUUCUCGAUAUCCGGUGAAGUUUGUAGCAGUGUUGAAUGUGCAUUAUAAUUAUUAUUUGUCAGAUGGUUAGUUAACGUUGGAAAUUAUUUGUGUAGUGUGCACCAGGUCGCCAUGUGCUGGACAUAGCUGGCGCUUCUAGUGGUGUGUGUGUAUACUAUAUUUUACCUGAUAUAACAGCUAAUAGUGCUCGCCUACAUUUCGCGAUUAUAUGAACCGAUAUAUAUCAGUAUGGAAAUAUGUCGUGAACUAGACAACUGGAUAUAGCUUAAGAAUCGGUACGUGUGCAAAGGCAUCUGGAUGACAGCUAUAGAUUUAUACAAAGAAAAAAUAUUUCAUUUCUCUUUUUUUUUUCAUUUCUCGGCUUGUAUGGAAAUUGAGGUCACUAAAAUAAACUUCAAAGUAUAUAUUAAUAAUGCUUUAUAUGCUUAUAUUUAUAUGAAAUUUAUAAUCGCAUAUGCAGCAAUAUAUCCUUAUAAUUUAAUUUUUGAAACAUGUACACCGUCAAGUUGUCUAUGGAUUAUGCAAUGUGCAGGUAUUUUUAAAAUCUUAAUAAUUUGCUAUAUUAUUUCUAUCACACAGUACGCAUGCGCUGCUAUACUGCAUAAAUAAGAGAUAAGGUAUAAUAAAUGUCGUCUUCUGCGUUUAUCGUUAUAUGAUUCGUUCCUACAAAGUUAGGUUAGAAUUUCCUAACCUAACCGAGCCAUUAACGUUAGAUUAUUUUAGAGUAAAGAAAACAACAUCUUUUGCUUUUAUCAUUCAGGUUUGUCGGUCAUUAGACACAAUAUGGGGAAGGUCAUAACAGAACGAGAAAGAUUUUUUUAAAUCUAUCAAAUAUUAUGCUUGUUAAUGAAGGCUGAACUAACAUACGAAACUUACAAACCAACAGAACAGUUCAAAAUGCACGUUGCAUACCGUAUCAUCUUUUGGUUCAUCUUUUUCUAGCUUUGCACGGUUUUGUAAUAUACGAGUGAAAUCAUUCCGCAUCUAGAACCACGUCGUAGCCUUGCGGAUAAAUGACAAUAUCUCUCAGAAAUUUUAUAUAGUGCAAUUAUUUCUCGCAGAAAUGUGUGUAGGGAGUAUUAUAGUUAUAAUAAUAUCAGCCCUGUAUUAUAUACUUGACCACUGCUGAGCACGGGCCUCCUCUACUACUGAGAGGGAUUAGGCCUUAGUCCACCACGCUGGCCUAGUGCGGGUUGGUAGACUUCACACACCUUUGAAAUUCCUAUAGAGAACUUCUCAGAUGUGCAGGUUUCCUCACGAUGUUUUCCUUCACCGUUAAAGCGAACGAUAAAUUCACAAUUAUAGUUGCUUCGUACUAAAUCUAAAUGCAUUAUAGUAAAAUUGAGAUUAAAGGGUCGUUUACAUUUUACGCGAAUUUUAUUAAGAGUGCGUUUGCGUUGUGUUUUCUCCGUAUGUGGAAAUUAACAUAAUGGUAUACCUUUUACAUAUUAUGCCAUUAAAAUUAAUUAUAUUGCGGGUAAUAUGUUUUCUACUCAGGAAAACCCUAUCGCGUUCAUAAAUAAUAAAGCCUUAGUUUCUGUUAUACAAAGACCAUUUUAACGUGCCAGUAAAAAAAAAAUGAUACAGCGUGAUGUCGCUCAGCAUUAUUCUUAUGAUGUAUACAAGAGCCGUUUAUACGGGUUGUGAGUGUAGAGGGUAGUUGUAACUAUUCGGAGCUGCAGUGGACGUCGAUGUUAGGAAUCCUGUAAUGACUUGACGAUGAGAGCCGUCGAGCCAUGCCGGGAAUUGCUUAUAGUUAUACUUGCGAAGCAAAUUAAAUUUAUGGAUAUAUAAUUUUUUUUAUUUAAAUAAAAUGAUUGAUUUGUUUGAGAUUAGGGUGGCGUUCCAUUGAAAUAUUUUUCGCCGUUUAAAGAGUUUUGUGUAAUUUUUUUUAUAAUCUGUGCUCGAUCCGUUAAAAGAUCUAAAUUUAUUUAUUUAUUAUAUUAUACACAGGAACAUCAACAGUUUACACAUACAAUGAAUAUUAGUUCAGUUUUCUUAGUAUAGUAUUGUUCUUAUGAAUUAUAGAAACAAAAGUAAAUAUUUUUUGUAUAAUCAUUGUUUUUACGUAAUGUUGAUUCAUCAAUUUCAACAUGGGUGAUGUUUACUAUAUUUUUUUUAUAAUUGCAUAAAUAAUAUUGUUAACAGUCUAUUUAUAUAUGUGGUUUUUGUUUGAUGUUUUUGUUUUACUGCAAUUAUUUAUCGUGGGAAAUGGUAUGCAUCACGUUUACUUGCGCGUUUUUUGCAAAAGCAGAAAUAUAAAUAUUUUAUAAAAUGUAACGGACGCUGGUCUUGUACAUUAUUUGUCAAAAAUGUGAUAGUUUAUUUACAAUGAAGUUUAUUUAAAAAUAUAUGCCAAUUGAGUUCGCAAUGAGACCAACGUCUUAAGGUCCUUAGUUGUUGUUAAAUUUUCUUUUAUAAAGUAUUUAUAGAUUUUAGUAGCACUUAUUGAUUCUUAGCAAAGAUCUGUUUAAUUAUAAGCGUGUUAGUGUAAUUUUUGUGUGCCACAGAAAUUAUUAUGUAAUGUUCUAAGGUCUCAUAUGAACAGACCGAUCGUCCUCCGUGCAGUAGUGGGUAGGUUAUUUAUUUUAGAUUUUAGUUGAGAGGUUGUCAUCAUAUGUACCGUUCUGUGAAGCAAUAGCAACCUAAAAUCACGAAAUUAUAUUACCCAAAGACAAAUGUUUUGACUUUUCUAUACAAUAAAUAUUGCGCAUUACAAUAAGAAGCAAAACAAUGAUUACGAUUAUUUGGUAUCGAAGUCGUGUUACGUCACCGAAGUGACGUUUGUCAGGAAAACCAAAACAAUUGUUAGCCCAUACGUAGUUUAUUUUGUCAACCGUGUACUUAUUUUGUGUGUAUUUAACAAUGUUUAAUGCGGAGAACCAUUGACGGAGGUUAUGAUCGUAGAAAGUACUUUUAUUUGUGAAUGUUAUGGCAGCCAAUUUGAGGCAGCAGGAAUGUUAUUUUCAAUACCACGUAUUCGUUUGAAGAUUAUUAAUAUUCAAUUAGAAAAAAAAAUCGGAAGAACUUUAUUUCAUUAAUGCUAAAAAUGUAGCGUUCUUGUUUAGUUUUUUUUUUUUGUUGAAAAUACCGUUUUUUCACAGCGAUUAUUCCGUCAAUGCAGCAACCGCUUUAAGAUGUCUGGGCGGCUUUCACUCUCUAAUAGUUCUAGUCAUUUUUAAUUCCUCCGUGUUGUAUCUAUACAUAAACAAGUAUGCCUGUAUAAUGGUAGACAAUAUAAUAAUAAUCAAAAUGAAUGUUAAACAUAAUAUAUAGGUGAAACUUAUAUCUAUUAAAUUUGAUGUCUGUUCUA